AUGGAUUAUAGAGAAGACGAGUUUGCAACUGCUUGGGCGCUCCUGCAGGCACGGAGAGAUUUGGGAGUUGCAGGCCGAGUUUCAAAAUUCAAACCUGGAAGCAACGGUGUAUGGAGCAAAAGAGUCCUGAAGCUUGCGAUGUACCAGGAUGAUGUUCGGAAGUCUCAGCCGCGUAGAUUACAAUGUGGUGAUUCCCCAGUAGAAACACCGUCGCCCCAUAUGGUAGAGAGCCCAGGUAUUGGUGUCAAUAAGCCCAAGAAUACCCGACGUCGUAGAGGUGGCGAGUGCUCGAAGGCAGCUCCUCAUUACCAGCCAUAUGGUCGCCAAAGAACCAGACAGAAACUACGCCAGUUAAUUCCAGCUGGUCCUGAGCCAAACUCCUCUGUUUAUGAGAAUCAGCGACAAGAAUUUGAACGACAGAUGCGGCUGAGUAACCCCCUCAGGAGAACCACAGGUCUGGCGGAUGACAACUUUGCCUAUUUACCGCAAACUCCCUUUCCUUGUAGUGCGGGUCAGCAGUCUUCAAACCAUCAUGCGACGAACACGUUACCAAUGAAUCCCGGGGGAAUACACCUGUCUCAGCAACAUGGUGUGUUUUAUGGGAACAUGCCCGCUGAGAGUGGAGGCAGUAGCUUGUCACAAACACGUGCUGUUGCAGGGUUCAAUUCGGCUGCAGCAUACCCACCCUACAGCUUUUCCCAGCCACAAGCCACAUACAUGGCUUUUCCAGAUUUUCUCGAAAUUCCCCCCCAGUACCCGACCCGUGCAAACUUGCAGCCAUCAUACCCGCCGCCUAUGUCCCACAAUGCUGGCCCUGCAGAAACGCAGCCGUGGCAGCAAAAUGCUCAAAGUAAUGCACAUCCUAAUUUGUUCGAUUGGAAUCCUGUGGGCUACGUGAAUCAUUCGGAUCCAGUAGCAAUCGAACAGACAAGAGGGAUGUACCUGGUUGAAGGGCCAGUCAAGAAUGGAAACGGGGUUGUCGACGGGUUUGAUAUUCCGUAG